AUGCCCCCGUGCAAUGUGGAGCCUUUUGCUCUUCCCUGCUGUUUCCUGUCUACGAUCACAAUCGCAAAAUUGAGCGGCAGUUGGAAUGAAACACAGAAAAAGCUGGAUCGGUUGGAAGAGCAAUUAUUGGAGAUACAAAAAGCCCUAGCUGGAAUCAGAUUACCGGAAGCCAAAGUUCCCGAGAAAGUGCAGGAGAAAGUGCAGGAGAAAGUUCCCGAGAAAGUGACGGAGAAAGUAACGAUAAAUUCGAGACAGUUUUUCAUCGAGAAGAAUAUUCUUGCGGACUGGGAUACCUCAGAGAACGCUUGCAAUCAAAUGGGAGGCCAUUUGGCAACAUUUCAAAGUCAAGAAGAGUUUGAUUACGUCAAUGCCAAGCUAGAUAGUAACGAAUAUUACUGGCUGGGCAUUCAUACUGGGGUAGACGAUCGCACUCUAAGAUCGGUCUCCAAUGGCAAGCGAGCCAAAUUUAUAGGGUUAGGUGGUCUUUUCGGUUCUUAUUGUCAAGAAAAUCGCUGCACUUUUUUAAUGCACGGCGGUCAAAUGUAUAUUUCCCAAUCCGAUAAGAAAAAUCAUUAUAUUUGUCAGGCGGAUGUGCUUUAG